AUGGCGGCGAGCCGCCUCACGCCGAGCGAUCCCGCACACUUUCCCACCCGCAAAUCGCCGGUCCUCAAAGCCAUGUCCAAGGGAACCUCGAUCAAAGACGCAAUCAAGGCCUGGGAAGAAAAAACGGGCCAGGUCGCUGCUGAAGCCAAAAUCAUCAAGUUCUGUAUGACGCAGCCCUUCAUCACUAAAAUGGAUGCCUCGCUGGCGGCCCUUGUAAACUGCGAACACCUGGCCCUCUCAACCAACCUGAUCGAGAAGAUGUCGAAUCUGCAGGGCCUAUCCCACCUCCGCAUUCUCUCGCUCGGGCGGAAUUGGCUGAAAAAGAUUGAAGGACUCGAUGCCGUGGCGGACACCUUGGAGGAGCUGUGGGUGUCCUACAACCAGAUCGAAAAACUCAACGGCAUCGAGUGUUGCAAAAAACUCAAGGUGGUUUAUGCGAGCAACAACAAGAUCAAGGCCUGGGACGGUAUCAUGUGUCUGAAAGAUCUGCCUCAGCUGGAGGACGUGCUUUUGGUGGGAAACCCGGUCGAGGAGAAGGCCACGGCCGAUGGGGUUUGGGUGAAUGAGAUGACCAAGAAGUUUCCCACGCUCAAGCGGCUGGAUGGCAAGCCCAUCAUUCACGAAGAGGAGGGCGACGAAGAGAAAACAGACUGAG